AUGGCUCGUCAGCACACUCACUGGCUGAUGAGCAAUAUGUUUCUGUUGCUGCUGCUCACCAUGCAUGCAUGGCUGCUUGUCUCUGCUCAGUCCGAUACGGUUAAAUCUACUGCCGUGAUUGCAACUACUUCAAUAUCCUCUCCUGUUCAUACGUGCACUUCCAACAGCGACUGUCCCGUCUCGGCUCCAAACUGUCUAGCUGGCUACUGCUCUGUCAUCCUCUCUUCUACCACAAACUCUCCUUCAGAAACUGUCUUGUCUCAACCCACCGAUGCUGCACACCACCCGUCCACCAAUCAGCAAUCGGCCAGCCCUUUUACUGGCUCGGCCGGGUUUAAUGUUGCCAAUUCAACAGCCACACCAAGAAAUUGCUCUCAAUGCAAUCUGCCUGAUAUCUGUGUGAACAAUGUCUGCCAGUCACCAUUCACCCACUCGUUCUUUACUCCAACUGUGAUUCUGAUUACUGCUGCUAUAUGCUUGGUUAUAUGCGGUUUGGGUGCCUGUCUGAUCUGCUUUUGCUGCAAGUGCUGUUGCUUUUCUGCUCGUACCGGAAAUAAAUCGGGCUCGCUUAUUCCUCUUAGUGCCCAAAAAGCUUCCAAUGAUUCUUCUAAAAAUAACCCGGAAAAAUCUAGAAAAGGCUACCGUACUUAUCAUGGAGGUGCAAACAAAACGACAGCCAUGAAUGGACAAUUGUCUGCCACCACUACUAAAACUUCCUUGAAAGAUGCCAAUCUAUCUGUUACCACCCCUGAUCCUGUCUAUACAGCCUUUGCUCUACCUCUUCAUACCAAUAAUAAGGAUACAAAGGGUCCUGCGGCAUUGCCUCCAAACUACCAAAAACCUUGCGAUCUGUUGGAUUUGGUUGAAGAAGUUGUUGAAAUCGUCCCUCAACCGCAGCUUAAACCGCAAUUAUCACAACGAUCUCGGCAGCAGCAGCAGCAACAGCAGCGCCAAUACGAACAUUACUUGCAGCAACAGCAAUAUGAGAAUCUUCAACGAAAACAACUUGAACAGCAACAAUAUAAUACGCAGCAACAAUAUAAUAUGCAACAACAGCAACUUCAACACAUUUCUUUGGAGCAACAGCUGCAUCCAGCAUACGAGAAUCAAAAGAUUGUCCCACAACAAACUAUGGAACAAACAUCAUAUGAUAAUCAAUCCUUUCAACAAAAAAGCAUCAAUAUUCCAUUCACUCCUGCUAGUGCAGUCUCAUAUUCCCAUAUACAACAUCAGCCUGUCAUACCAUCUGAAAUUGGCCCUGUUAUGUCUGAUCAGUUUAAUCCUCCGUCUGCACCUGGAUUCUUUGCCUUUUGGGAUAAAUAUGGCUGGUUUCACCAAGGAUACACGGACAAGUAUGGCACAAUUCACGGCGGCAUAUUUGACGAUGAGGGUCGUUUUCACUUUGGUUACAUAGGCGCUCAAGAACCUGUUGAAGUGGAACUAGACAUGAUGGCUCGUUCAGAACAUACUGAUGAAUCUUACGAUGGUCAAACUCUUGUCAGCUCUAGUAAUAGUAAGCGAGAACUUCCCAUGACACCGCGUGAUUUAGAUGACCAUGUCUUUCAAACCGUUAGUCGUUUCAAUACAACUGCAGGCCAGUAUGGUGGCAAUUAUUUGACUUUAAAAGUAGAGUUGGAUCAGUCAGAUGCAAAUCGUGUAUUUGAAGACGACAUUCCACAUUCCGCUACUAUAGCAAAUGCCACACAUAUGCCAACAGAAUCGGAACCAUCUAUAUUGAAACAAUCGUCACAGCAGCAGCAUAAAAUGAUGUCCUCGGCCAUAACAGAAUCAAGAGAUGCCAUAAUUGAUUCAAACACUGUCUUGAAUCAGCAACCGCCUUUGUUACCCUCUCAAAACAACACUUUUGUACCAAAAAAACCAUCUGAAGAGCCAGACACAUCUGGAUAUCAGUUGGAACCAUCACAUAAGCGAGUAGAUAAUUUAAAUCGUAGUUUGUUUACACCAACUGCUAUUGGAUCAUUGGACGUUUACCAUGAUCGCAGCAUUAACAACAGUGACGCGUAUAGAGGAUCUCCAUGA